CGGAAUAACUUUUAUUACUUUGGAUCCGGGGAGCAGAUUUGCGGGGACAGUUUCCGGGUUGAAGGUGACUUCCGGUGUCGGUCCGGUCGCCAAGGUUGCAGUACCCUCUCAUGAUCCAAAGCUCCAUUGACGAAGUCUUGAAGAAAAUACAGAGGAGCUAUGGCCACAAAGCAGAGCGAAAAUCUGCUUUUGCAGCAGGUGAACCAGCUGUGGGGUAUGUUGGACGAGAUGUCUGAGAGCAACCCUGAAGCAUAUCACAAGUUCAUCCAGCAUCACCUUGGCGAGGGAAUGAAGCAACUCACUGCCCCGGAGCCUCAUGGCUGCUUUCAGACCAGGAUGAUGGAGCCUAGUGAGAGGUUGCUGUACGUAAACCUUUGUAGCUGGAGUCGGGUCCCUGCUCCAGUAUGUGACUCUGACCCUGUCCCUCUGGCUGGAGGCACAUUGGAAGAAAUAAUCGACAGCACAGACACUUACUCUGUCACUGACAUUGCAUAUAGCCCAGAGGUGCUUCAGAAAGCAAGCAAGGAUCCUGUAGAAAGAGAUCAGCUGAUCCGGCUGGCAAUGAAAUCCAUCGAAGAGCAGCACUGUGUCCACUUGUCACACUCUUACCGGCUGCUGACACAGAAACUGAAGGGCAGCAACAAGCAGAUGAGGCAACGGCUGAGUGGAAGGUCUGAGCCUGCCCGAGGUGGAUCAGGAGGCAUCGAUGCCACCUUACUGCAACUGCUGACUGGCCUGAAAUUGGCAGGCAGGGAGCAGGAGGAAGAGGCCUCUCCAAUCCGGCUGCCCGGUGAUGUCCAACAUCCCAAGAACCCUGGGCUCAUCCAGGAGAUUUCAAGCACGGAAUUUGAGUGCGGAGGCAAAGUGGAGACUCCAAAGUAUGAAGUAUCGGUUAUGGAAGAUGAGAAUGGGAAAGCAAACUCUGUGGAGCUGAAGGUGGAACUGCCUGGAGUUUCUUCUGUUGCAGAAUGUGACCUCAGUGUCUCGAAGGAUGAUGUGGUUAUUGAUGUCCCCGAGAAGUACAGACUGCGGCUCAACCUACCUGAAACUAUCAGUGAGGACAUGACCAGUGCAAAGUUCAACAGGAAGUCACACGUCCUGUCUGUACGGAUGCCCAUUCUUACCAAGUAAUUGUAUCGCGAUUCUGAAAUGUUCUGCAUUGACGUAGCGAUCCUAUUUCCAAGCAGAUUGUUGCAAGGUUUCUAAAGGAUGUGAUUUAACUCGGUGUGAAUAGUCAAAUCUUUCCUUGCAGAGAGGUUGGUUUCCUCCUCAUCACAGGACUACAGGGAAUGUCCACUCACAGGCCCUUCAGCCCACCUGUAGUGUACUGGUUUCAUGAUCCACUCAAGCCUCCAUCCCUCCUUCAAUCAUUAUUAGUGUAACCUUUAGUUCUUUUCUUCCUCAUCUGCCUGUUCAAACCUGCCUUGACUGCACUCAUUAUUUGCCUCCACCAGCCCCUCUGGGAGUGAGUCCCAAUUCUCACUUCCCUCCAGGUGAAGAUGGUGAUUACCUGGUACCAAAGGCCUUCGGUUUUCCUCUCCCUCCCAGACAAACAGGUCUUUAUGUUUAUCAAAACAUUUUUUAUUGUCACUUUUCUUAAGCCCUUUCUAUUUUCUAUUUUGCUUCUGACGUAGGAGGCCAGUCUGCGCCAGCUGCAGGAGCAAUCCCUUCAAUCUGCACUCAUGUCCCUGGAACCCUUUCCGUCUCACAUUUCCACCAACUCUGCCCGAUUCUCCCACUGCCCACCCAUACUAGGGGUAAGUUAGCGUUUGGGGUGUGGGAGGAAACCAGAGCACCCGGGGAAAACACACACGGUCACACAGAGUACAAGCAAACUCCACACAGACAGUGCCGGAGGUCGGAAUCGGGCCCAGGUUGCGGGGCGGUGAGACAGCCGCCCUUUGUAAAGAUCUCUCUCAGCCUUUUGAUUUUCAAGACUAGAGAUACCCAGCCCAUUCAUCCAUGACUGAGCAGAAUAACCUUGCAGUCCUGAUGUUUUAUUUAACAACCCAGAAGUGUACACACCAAGUGAUCAACAACAUAUCAGAUCAAGUUUAUCACAUUUUCCCGUAAGUGUCACAGAUAACAUACGUUGCAACCUGUACUGAAGAUACCGUCACAUGCACCCAGUUAUACUUCCUGGAGACAAAUGUAAAGUGUAGAGUCGAACAAGAAAGGAGUAGGUGAUUGUCUGAGUACAUCCUGUCAGACCACUGGAAGGAAUGUUAACUACAGGUCCAGGCCUGAUCUCCCUACAGAUGAAACAAACCGCUCACUUGUGCAACGCAUCAAGCCCUUGCUGCAGUCAUUGGCGCGAUUAUUGGUUCACAGAGGAAUGCCACACACGAUGUUUUCAUUCAGUCAGUUUCUGCAGUAACCAUGCACUCCCUUCCAGACAUCAGAUCAGUCAAUUAGUUAACUAAAUAAAAGAAACAUUUAAGUUAACUGUCCUCAAAAUUCCCCAGCCAGCUACAAGACAAACCUUUUAAGUGACCACUGAAUCAAUGACCCUCCCCGUCCUCAGGACCAUCUGUCCCCUGAACUCCCACUGCUCUCACCUUCCCCGUUCUGGGCCAGUUCAGCCACUCUCCACACGCGGUGCGGUGGAGGGCAGAUCACCCUGAUGUUUUUACCAGUGCUAGUCUGACACAGUGAAUACCCGAGAAUGAACCAUCCAGUUUUCCAGACGGAACUGUGAGCAGGCAAGGGAGUAGGUUCAGGCGCAACUCACUGAGCCCCUUCACUGGCCUUCCCGCAGGCUGUUUCUCCCUGUAGCUGAUCCCCAGGGAAUCUCCGACCAAAGCCAGUCCCACAGAGGGAAACAGCUGAGCCUGGUACGUUUUCAUUCCACAAAAGAAUUUCACAAAGAAUUGUAAAACCUGUCCAUCAAAAUAAAUUCCUUUGAAACGCUGUGA